ACGUGGUCAGAACCCAACCCAACCCCACCCUACUGGACUAGGUCUACCCACAAUAAAAAAGAGGAAAGAGGAGACGAAAAGAGGAAGAGAGAUGGGAGGAUCAGAAUAUUUUUGCCUAAAAUAAAUAGCCUUUACAUUUAAAAUAGAAUGUUCUAAAAGGGGAAUAUAUUCGAAGAAACACUCAGAAUCAAACAGACACACAUGCUUUCACUCAUGCACGCGCAUACCCAAACACACACCAAAAUCCAUCGCUUUGUUUUGCCCAGCUUUAUGGUGGUGGUAGCCUACCAUUAGGAAUUUGGAGCGGUGAGAGGAGGGGCGUUUGUGUAUGUGUGAAGGAACAGUCGGUCUCCUCCCCUCGUCUCCCCCCGCCCUCUCGCGCCCCCCAUGCCUUUGUGUGCGCGAGGCUCUCUGUGAGCAGCGGUUCUUCAAGUGAGAUAUCGGUUCGUUUCUGAGCGCUGUUUGAGUUUGUGGGCUGUUCAAACAUAGCCUGGCUGACUGGGACUGGGGUGAACCGGUAGAAGGCACGUGAAACCUCGGAGUUUAUUCACACACGCGCGAUCAGAAGGAAAAUAACGGAGAAAUAUCGAAUAUCGGACUUUUCCCUUUCGUCUUACCCAUCUAUCAUUCUCCCUUUAUCAUUCUCUCGUCUUCUCUAUCCGUGGAGAAUCUGACCAACCUAAACAACCUGAUGUGUGUGUAUGUGUGUUUUGGGGGCGUAAAACAACUGGCAGCGCGUGAAGAUGGAUUAACGUUUGAACGGAAAACUGGAGCAGCACGCAAGACCUCGGCGAGGGGGGAGGGCAAGACGGGCCUCUGCUAACACACACAACCCGCGGGACAGAGACUCUGAUUGGACCAACACCAGGAUGAUGUCGUCACCAAAAGCCAAGACCAAGAAGAAACCUCCCAAAGACAGCAUGACACUUCUACCAUGCUUCUACUUCAUAGAGCUCCCCAUCGUCCUCUCCUCCCUUGUCUCUCUCUACUUCAUGGAGUUGACAGACCUGUUGUCCCCGGCGACCCCUGGGUUCCAUUGCUAUGACCGGGACCUGUCGUUGCCCUACCUGGAGACAGGAGAUGAACUGAUCCCUCUGCUGAUGUUACUGAGCCUGGCCUUCGCAGGACCGGCUGCCUCGAUCAUGCUGGGUGAAGGGCUGGUGUAUUGUUACCAGUCCAGAGUCAAACAGAGUAAAGCUGAUGGGUGUAACUUCAACUCCUUCCUACGGAGGACUGUUCGCUUUGUUGGUGUUCAUGUGUUUGGUCUCCUGGCAACAGCCCUAAUGACAGACAUCAUCCAGUUGGCUACUGGUUAUCCCACCCCUUUCUUCCUGACUGUCUGUCAGCCCAAUUACACGCUGCCUGGGAUAUCAUGUGACCAGAACAAUUACAUCACACAGGACAUCUGCUCUGGGAAAGAUAUGUAUGCCAUCCUGUCAGCCAGGAAAACAUUUCCGUCCCAGCAUGCAACGCUCUCUGGCUUUGCUGCUGUCUACAUCUCUAUGUAUUUGAACAGUGUGAUCAGCAGUAGUACUAAGCUGGUGAAGCCGGUGCUGGUGUUUGGAUACUGUCUGGCCGCGGGUAUAGCCGGACUGACUCAGAUCACACAACACCGCUGCCAUCCCAGAGAUGUCUAUGUUGGCUACGCCAUAGGAGCUGGCAUAGGAGUCUACCUGUCUCUGUAUGCAGUAGGUAACUUCAGGUCAUCCGAGGAGGACUGCCUCCCCCAGCCUGUUCGGAGGGCUGCGUCCCCCCCCCAGCAGCAGAGGGAGGUGGUGGUGAGGGGAAGAGCCCAGAGAGGUCAUGCUUCUCAGCACGGCUCUCUGUACCGCAGCAAGACACCCAGACCAUCAGACAGCAGGGAGGAACUGGGCACUGGGCGCUGCAAGGUUCGUAGGGAGAAGGCCAGCGUAGCAUCUCUGAAGAGGGCCAGUGCUGACGUGGAGCUCCUGGCACCCCGCGGCCCCAUGGGAAAGGAAACCAUGGUAACAUUCAGCAAUACCUUACCCCGCGUCGCCAAUGGCAGCAGCAGCACCUCGCCCCCCGGAGACGACCCCUCCAACCAGCGUCACAUGACCUUCCACCUGUCCUUCGACCCCCGCAGGUCACAACCAAGGCUGCGACCACCACUGGUGCAGGAGUGGAGACAGCAGCGCUCUACGGAGAGACGGAGCGAGGAGGAGGGAGAGACGGACACAUCUGGCGGAGGAGAGGGAGGAGCAGGGGGAGGGGGCGAGGCAGGGGAGACAGGGGUGAUGAAUCCUCCCUCCCUUUAUCCGACGGUACAGUCGGCCAAUCGAGCCAUUGCCACGGCUACCCCAGCGCCAGCCCCACUGGUGCAUAUCCCUAAGGAGGGGAUUAGACACCCCCCUACUGUCUCCCCUCUACCUCCUUCUGUCUCCUCUCUACCUCCUACGGUCUCCCCUCUACCUCCUUCUGUCUCCUCUCUACCUCCCCCUGUCUCCCCUAAGAGCGCGGUGACGCGUGCCAAGUUGAUGUCACUCAACCAGGGAGGGGAACGAGUCAGGGAGGGGCCUAUCCCUGUGACAACUCCGCGUGUGCCCCACCAGCUGCCCAAUCAGCCGCCCAAUCAGCCGCGAGUGGCGCAGGUCAUUGCCAUGUCCAAGCAGCACGGACCAAUCAGCUCCUCUGCCAAGGGCUCUGACUCUGCCUCUUCUUGUGGAGGAGGGUCUUCAACAGGAAGCUCUGAGUCUCCGUACUACCGGGUCCCCUCUGACCAUGACAGCCACACCGGGAGUGUUGUCACGAUAGACGCUCACGCCCCUCAUCACCCUGUGGUCAGGGUGUCUAGCAGUGUCAGUACCGGGAGUAACGGGACCCUGGGGGCCAGAGUAACAGCUGCCGGUAACGGGACCCCCUGGGAGCGGAGGAACACCACCAGCGGGAGCGUCGGUGAGCAGGGCCAGAGGGGGGCGCUGCAGCGCCAGGAGAAAGUCUCUGCACCGGAAUAUCGGGAAUACCGAACACUUCCUGUGAAAUCAGACUCUAUCUGCUCCUCCUCUCCCAGCCAGACCGAUUCCUCCACCCUGCCUCCCCCUCCUCACCCCAUCUCCUCUCCACUCCCUCCCUUCUCUUCCUCCACCCUACCUCCGCCUCCUCAGCCCACCUCCUCCCCC